AUACAUAAAUAAAAAAGAAAAAACAGAGGAAGGAGAGACCAAAUCGAACAAGAGAAGAGAAGAGGGGAAAAGUGAGAGAUCGACGACAAUGUGGAGCUCCACAACCACCACCAUGCUCGCCGUAAUAGCUCUCACGACGUUUCUCUCACCGGCUUCAGCCGACGACGUCGUUGCGCUCACAGAGGACACCUUCGAAACCCAGGUUGGCAAGGAUCGCUUCGCUCUCGUCGAGUUUUACGCUCCCUGGUGCGGACACUGUAAAAGGCUUGCCCCUGAGUACGAACAACUCGGAGCCAGUUUUAAGAAAGCCAAGUCCGUUUUGAUUGCCAAGGUGGAUUGUGAUGAACAUAAAAGCGUUUGCAGUAAAUAUGGGGUUUCUGGUUACCCUACGAUUAAAUGGUUUCCUAAGGGAUCUCUUGAACCAAAGAAGUAUGAAGGAGCACGUACUGCAGAAGCCCUUGCUGCGUUUGUGAACUUGGAAGCAGGCACCAAUGUGAAGAUAGCUUCUGUUCCAUCUAGUGUGGUAGUUCUCUCUCCGGAUAACUUUAAUGAGGUUGUCUUGGAUGAAACUAAAGAUGUUCUGGUGGAAUUCUAUGCACCAUGGUGUGGUCAUUGCAAGGCCCUUGCCCCUACUUAUGAAAAGGUUGCUGCAGUAUUUAAACUGGACGAAGAAGUAGUUCUAGCCAAUGUUGAUGCUGACAAGUAUAAGGAUUUGGCUGAGAAAUAUGGUGUUAGUGGCUAUCCUACACUAAAGUUUUUCCCAAAGAACAAUAAAGCUGGUGAAGAUUAUGGCGGUGGCCGUGAUUUGGAUGAUUUUGUAGCUUUCAUCAAUGAGAGAUGUGGCACCUACCGUGAUGGGAAGGGUCAACUUACUUCUAAAGCUGGUAUAAUAUCGUCUCUGGAUGGCUUGGUGAAGGAGUUUGUGAGUGCUGAUGAGAAUGAGAAGAAGGCAGUAUAUUCCCGGCUUGAGGAAGAAGUUAAGAAGCUUAAAGGUCAUGCUGCAAGAUAUGGCAACCUCUACUUAAAACUUGCUAAGAAGGGUAUGGAAAAGGGUGCAGACUAUGCAAAGAAUGAAAUUCAACGUCUUGACCGUAUGCUUGAGAAGUCAAUCAGCCCAGCAAAAGCAGAUGAAUUCACUCUCAAGAAGAACAUCUUAUCUACCUUUGCUUGAUCUUACAGUGAUAGAAUAGUUAUUUCUUUCAAUUCCGUGGGGAGAUAUGAUUCGUAAUUCCUGAGCUUCUAGGUCUUAUCACACCCAAGUUUUCUUGAUGAUCAUUCCAUCUAAAUAUGCAGUCUUACGCUCAUUUUUGGACUGUUCAUGUACCAAGUCGUAAAAUUAAAGCAAAUGUAGACUCUUUUUUUUCUUUUUUUCUGAGAAAUCAUUUUCUAAACCUGUAUUGACUUCAGGUUAGUCUUUUCUUUUCCUUUUUCUUUUUUGCCUUUUCUCGUCAAUUAUCUUGGAGACUGAGUAGCCUUGCUGGCCUACAACUACAAUCCCACAUAAAAACUCUUUGGUUUA